AUGAGCAGCCAUUGACCUGGUCUCCUACAGAAGGAGGCUGGUUCUGGUUCUGGUUCUGGUUCUGGUUCUCCUCCUGGAGACGUCGUGGCUCAGUCAGAGAAACGUUGCUGACAGUCUGGCAACGAGACAACCCAACAACAUGUUGGUCAACCAGAACAAGUUCCACUCAUCAUGUCAGACUGCAGCAGGAAUGUGGAGGAGGUGAGGAACCUCCUGCAGGCGUGUUCUGGAUUCAGCUCUCAGCAGACCGUCAGCUUCUACGACAGCUGGGCCGAGUGCUACGAACAGGAUUUAGAGACAAUGACCUACAGAUCUCCACACCAUGCCACAGGUUUCCUGGAGGCCCACCUCCCUGCAGGCCGGGACCAGGUCCAGGUCCUGGACGUGGCCUGUGGAUCCGGACUGGUCGCCAAACUGAUGUUUGAGCAGGGCUUCAGACACUUUGUGGGAGUGGACGGCAGUGAAGUGAUGCUGCAGAAAGCUGCAGAGAGCGGACUCUACCAGGACCUGAGACUGGCCUUACUGGGGACAGAACCACUACCAGCACAGACUGGUGUGUUUGACGUGGUGAUGGUGGCCGGUGCUCUGGAUGCUGGUUUUGUUCCCGUCAGCGUCGUCAGGGAGCUCUGCAGCGCCGCCAAGCCAGGAGGUUUGGUCUGCAUGUCGAGAGGGAACCACAGACAAUGUUCCUCAGAAGAAUACAGGAAGGAUCUGGAGCGGGAGCUGGUUCUGCUGGAGGAGGAGGGUCUGUGGAGUCCGGUUGGAGUCCACCAGGUGGACCAGUACAUGGAGAACACUGUGAAGAACCAGCAGGAGGAGGGUCGGUUCAUCAGCGGAACCGUCUAUCUGUACCAGAGAUCGCAGAACGUCUGA